AUAAAAAAGAAAAACUCUCGCUACGGGAAGAAACCUCGUGGUUUUCACUUUCUUCCGGGCACUGCUUCGCACCGCCGCCACGGCGUCGUAUUAAGCCACCGUCUUCUGUAUUCUCUCAGCCCAGUCAUCGUCCUACGACGAACUCGCAAUCUCGCUCACAUAUCCUGUGUCUUCCGGAGAUCGAGGUCACUCGCUACUACGUCGCGGAAAGUCACGCCCUUGCUCGUCAAAUCAGCACCUCCAGAUAAGUGACAUGAUAGAGAAAGAGACGACCUCUACCUUCAACAAAUCAACUGGCUUGCCUAGGAAGCGAUUCUACCGAGCACGAGCUCACAGCAAUCCACUGAGUGAUUCUCACUUUCCUGUUCCACUCUCCCCAAGUCAAUUUGAUUAUUCUCUUCAUUACCCUCAGUUGGUCCCUGCUGCAUCUGAUGAUGAUAAUCCCAAAAGGAUUCAGUUUGCUGACAUUGGCUGUGGCUUUGGAGGCCUACUUGUUGCUCUUUCAACCCUAUUUCCCGACAAACUCAUGAUCGGAAUGGAAAUUAGGGACAAGGUGUCCGAAUAUGUGAAGGAGCGCAUUUCUGCAUUGAGGACGACCAAUCCUGGUCAAUACCAAAAUAUCUCUGUCGUACGGACCAACUCUAUGAAGUACAUUCCUAACUAUUUUGAGAAAGGACAACUGACGAAGAUGUUCUUCCUAUUUCCGGAUCCUCAUUUCAAAGAGAAAAAUCACCGUCGCAGGGUGAUUAGCCCUCACUUGUUAGACGAGUAUGCAUACACACUAGCUGUUGGGGGCAUAAUUUACACCAUCACAGAUGUUGAAGAACUUGGAGAAUGGAUGAAAGGCUGUUUGGAAAACCACCCCAUGUUUGAGGCACUCAUGGAGGAAGAACUCGAGAACGAUCUGGUGGUGAAGCUAUUGACUAGUGCGACCGAGGAAGGCCAGAAGGUUGCCAGGAAUGGCGGGCAGACAUUUCAAGCAGUAUACAGACGCAUUGCCCCACCUCUAUGAUAGAAAUCAACUAUAGCCCUAUGCCUGUGUACUAGCGGAAUUUUUUGGGACUGUCUUAAGUGAACUUUUAUUCAUUUUUUGGGACCCUUUGAAAGUUGAGAUAUUCUUUAAAUUCCAAAAAAUGCGUCUAUAAUUUUAUUUAA